CUCAUAGAUUGAAAAUAAAUAAAUAUGGAAUCCUUAUCAGCAAAAAGACAUAAAGUUCUUAAAAAAGUAGAACAAAAAUGCUCCCUGAGUUUCUGUUUCCGAUUGCUGCCGCACAGGACCUGAUGCGGCCAUAGUGCCUCACCGGACCUUGCCGUCGCCGGACCUAGGGUCGGAACCCUAGGCCGGUUCUUCUCUCCUCUGCUCCGAUCUGUCUCCCCCCUGGCCUCUCGCUGCUGCCCGCUGGGUUUAUAGGGGCUGGAAAUCAGCCCUUCGUCUAGGAUUAGGACUCCAAAUUUGAGUCCAAGUCUCCCCUGCGCUGCUGCGUUUUCGUUGGUAGAGUUGGAGGGGGAGUCUUUUCCGUAGGCAUCUCGAGUAUUUUAACACAAAGGUACAAGAGUGUAGAUCCAAGAUCAAUUAAUGCUCGGACCUCAGUCCCACAUAAUGAAAAUAAAAUGUGUUGAUGAACACAUCCAACCUUCCAUUAUCUCCCAUAAAAUUGCUCAUGAAUUAUGGUUAGAUCUGAAGACCAGAUAUGGAGGUUCCAAUGGACCUCGUGAUCACCAAUUGAAAUCUGAGUUUCAAUCUUUGCGUCAAAAGGGACAAACUGUGGUUGCCUACUAUAACCAAUUUGUGACUUUAUGGAACAAGCUAUAUGUAUCUGUUGAUCCAACGUGUGGUUGCCGGUGUGAGGCUGCGGCUUUGAUUCGGGCGCGCGAGGAACAGGAGAAGACUCAUCAUUUUUUGCUCGGGCUCGACGACGAACAGUUCGGUCACAUCCGAUCUCAGAUUAUUGCCACUGAACCUGUUCCGGACAUACACCGGGCUUAUGCACUCAUCGUUCAAGAAGAACGGCAUAAGAGCAUUGUCUGUGGCCGAGAUGACCGUACGGACGCUCUCGCCUUUGCCAUGCAGCGUCCCGCUCCUACCUUGGGUCGUGGAGACCCCCCCAUUAUUCGUGCACACAUUGUGGAAAAGACAGCCAUUCCGUGGAUCGGUGCUAUCAAUUGCAUGGGUAUCCGCCCGGGAAGGGCCGUGGAGGUCGCGGCACUGCAUCCGGCAGAGGGAGUCGCGGCGGUGGCAGAACGCCGUCCGGCGGCAGUAGCGCCCCUGGCCGUGGGUCUGGCCGAGGGAUAGGAUGGGCGAUAGGGGGAGCAAAUGCAGCCACCAAUUCCAACGCCCUAGGCCUCACACCUGAUCAGAUGACUUGGUUACUUUCCAUGCUCGACGUCUCUUCUUCCGACAAGGAUACUGGGUCUAAUGGUGAGGCAUCGGCUCGUGAGUGGCUUAUUGACAAUGGCGCCUCUCAUCACAUGACUGGUAAUAUCUCUUUUUUAACUGAUGUGGUUCCCAUG